AUGGAAAUUCAGGAAUAUUUUCCAAAAGAUACCCUUCGUAAAGCAGCUCAACUUGGUUUUGGUGCAAUUUAUUGUCGAGAUGAACAUGGUGGAACCGGUGGAACACGACUUGAUGCAUCAAUUAUUUUCGAAGCAUUGUCACAGGGUUGUGUUAGUACAGCAGCUUAUCUCAGCAUACAUAAUAUGUGUACAUGGAUGAUUGAUGCAUUUGGAUCUGAUGCAAAUCGUGCAAGGUGGAUACCCGGAUUAGCUACUAUGGAAUUAUUCAGUUCUUAUUGUCUUACAGAACCUGGAGCUGGAAGUGAUGCUGCUUCGUUAAGCACACGAGCUGAACGUAAGGGUGAUAAAUAUAUUUUAAAUGGUACUAAAGCAUUUAUUAGUGGUGGUGGUGAAAGUGAUAUCUAUCUUGUUAUGUGUCGAACUGGUGAUCAAACACCAAAAGGUAUAUCAUGUAUACUUGUUGAAAAAGAUACACCAGGAUUAUCAUUUGGAAAAAAAGAAGAAAAAAUUGGAUGGAAUUCUCAACCAACAAGACAAGUAAUUAUGGAUGAUUGUGAAGUACCUGUUCAAAAUUUGAUUGGAAAAGAAGGUCAAGGUUUUGAAAUAGCUAUGCGUGGUUUAAAUGGUGGUCGAAUUAAUAUUGCUAGUUGUUCACUUGGUGCAGCACAAGCAAGUAUACAAAAAACUAGUGAAUAUUUAAAAGUACGAAAACAAUUUGGUCAAUCUCUCGAACAAUUUCAGCAUUUACGAUUUAAAUUAGCAGAAAUGUUUACAAAAUUAGUUGCAAGUCGAUUAUUAGUACGAAAAGCUGCUUUAGCUCUUGAUCAAAAUGCAAAAGAUACUGUAACUUUAUGUGCUAUGGCUAAAUUGUUUGCUACAGAUACAUGUUUUGAUAUAUGUAAUCAAGCAUUACAAAUGCAUGGUGGUUAUGGAUAUAUAAAAUCAACUUCCGUUCAACAAUAUAUGCGUGAUUGUCGUGUCCAUCAAAUUCUUGAAGGUUAA